AUGCCGUAUCCCGAGUCCUGGAAAGGUUUCCAAAUCGAAGAUCCAGCGAAAUGGACGGAGUUCCACCUUAAUGAGCUGACGCCAAAACCCUUCGGUGACUACGACGUCGAUAUUAAGAUCUUGGCUUGCGGUGUUUGUGCCAGUGAUUUACAUACUGUUAGUGGUGGAUGGGGAGAACAGAAGUUCCCGUUAUGUGUUGGGCAUGAGAUUGUCGGGACUGCGGUGCGCGUUGGAGGGAAGGUUACGCUGAUCAAGGAGGGCCAGCGCGUUGGAGUUGGCGCACAGUCGUACUCUUGCCUCGAGUGCAAGCAAUGCAAGAAUGAUAAUGAGACAUACUGUCGUCAUCAAUUGGAUACAUAUGGUGCUGUGUGGCCCGAAACGGGAAUUGUCUCCCAGGGCGGCUACUCAGAAUACGUGAGAACCCAUGAGCACUGGGUCUUCCCUAUCCCCGAUGGCGUCGCCACGAAUAAAGCAGCUCCGAUGCUCUGCGCCGGCCUCACGGCAUAUAGUCCUCUUGUGCGUAAUGGCUGUGGCCCAGGCAAGAAGGUCGGUAUCGUGGGUCUAGGGGGGAUUGGACAUUUCGGUCUUCUCUUUGCGAAAGCUCUGGGAGCAGAAACUUGGGUCAUCUCGCGGACACACUCGAAAGAAGCUGAUGCGAAGAAGAUGGGUGCUGACGGAUUCAUCGCCACUGCGGAUAAGGACUGGAACGAACCGCACACCUUCACAUUUGACUUGAUCAUCAAUACGGCGAGUAGCAGUGAGGGAUUCGACCUAGAGAAAUAUUUGAGCCUCCUGGAUGUGCAUGGGAGGUGGAUUAGUGUGGGUUUGCCUGAGGGACAGGGACAGGAGGUUAAAGCGCAGACUUUCCUGAGUAACGGAUGCUUAAUCGGAGCCAGUCAUCUAGGAAGCCGGAAGGAGGUGCUUGCUAUGCUGCAGUUAGCGGCCGAUAAAGGGAUUCAGAGUUGGGUUGAGGAGAUUGAUAUUGGGGCAGAGGGACUGAAAACAGCGUUGACGAGGCUCCACAAUAAUGAUGUUAAGUAUCGAUUUACACUCACAGGAUAUGAUAAGUGUUUCGGGGCGUAA